AGUUUGAAGAAGCAAAUAGCGUGUACGAGGCUCAAUACGUAUAUUUAAAGAAACGAGGACUUGCCAAAACUGAACACAAGCCGCCAAUAGCCGACGAAGACUUCAAAAAACUAUACGAAAGCGGCGUUUUCAAUACAGACAGUCCCGCUACUUUGCAAAACAAAGUCUUCUUUGAAAUCAUGUUCUUCUUCUGUCGUCGAGAAAGACGGACGAACUCACGAAAAACCAUCGUGUACACGACGCUUAAGCCGAGGAAAGGGGAAUGA